CGCGGGUGGCCGAGGGAAGAGCGACGGACAGCGGCAUGAGCGAGGCGGGCGAGACCACCCCCCAGCCCCAGGCCCCGGCGGCGGCCCCAGACCCCGCGCCCAAGAGCCCAGCGACCAGCGGCGCCCCCCCGGCUGCCGGCCCGGCCGCCGCCGUCCAGGGGAGCAACCCCAGCGGCGACGCAGCGGCCGCGCCGGCCCCCGCCCCAGCCGCCGCCUCCGCAACCACGGAAGACCCGGAAAAGAAAGUUCUCGCCACCAAAGUCCUUGGCACUGUCAAAUGGUUCAACGUCAGAAAUGGAUAUGGUUUUAUCAAUCGAAAUGACACUAAAGAAGAUGUGUUUGUACAUCAGACGGCUAUCAAGAAAAAUAAUCCACGGAAAUAUUUGCGUAGUGUGGGUGAUGGAGAAAUUGUAGAGUUUGAUGUGGUUGAAGGAGAGAAGGGGGCAGAAGCAGCCAAUGUAACUGGCCCAGAUGGAGUUCCUGUGGAAGGUAGCCGCUAUGCUGCAGAUCGGCGCCGUUACCGACGUGGUUAUUAUGGUCGGCGUCGUGGGCCUCCUCGUAGUUACCCUGGGGAGGAGGAGGAAGGGAGUGGCAGCAGUGAAGGAUUCGAUCCCCCUACCGCUGAUGGGCAGUUCCCUGGGGCUCGGAGUCAGCUGCGCCGCCCACAGUACCGGCAGCGGCGGUUCCCGCCAUACCACGUGGGACAGACCUUUGACCGUCGCUCACGGGUCUUUCCCCAUGCCAACAGCAUGCAGGGUGGUGAGAUGGGGGAGAUGAAGGAUGGACUCUCAGAAGGAACACAACUUCAGUCAUCUUCAGCACAUCGGAAUCCCAAUUAUCGUCCACGAUAUCGAAGGGGCCCUUCUCGGCCACGCCCUGUCCCAGCUAUUGGAGAGGCAGAAGACAAGGAAAACCAGCAUGGGGCCAACGGCCCACAACAGCCGUCAGCUCGUCGUGGUUACCGGCGCCCGUAUAACUAUCGUCGCCGACCUCGUCCUCCAAAUGCUUCUUCACAAGAUGGCAAAGAGGUGGCUGAAGCACCAACUGAAAACCCUGCUCCAACCACUCAGCAGACCAGUGCUGAGUGAGGUCUGGCUCUCUAUAGGCACCUUUACCAUUACAGGUGUACUAAAACAACAGCAAAAAAAAAAAAUGAAACUUUAAACACUUUACCAACACCAAAGAAACAUUCAAGCAAUAAAAUGGAAGACUAAACUAACCAGGAUUUUUGAGAUCAAAACUUUUUUAUUCUUAAAUUAAAAACAUGAAAAAAACAAAACAAAACACAUCCUUACCAGCAAGCUGAGAUCCCAGGAACGUCUGCACAAAAGAUAAUAGAAAGAAAAGGGACAACCUCCUCAAUUUCAGCAGCAACUGUGAUUUUUUCUGGCUUUACCAUUUUGCUAUUAUGAAUUGAAAGAAAAAAUUUUGGCACCAACUCUAAAGGGAAGGAUCCCAACCAAAGAAAUUAUAGUUAAUGCUUUGUUUUUAUUUUUAUUUUUAUGCUGGUGCUAAACCUUUACAGGUGUGGUUUAAUUUUUUUCUUUUGCCAAUCCUGUAUUCUCAGGAUGUGGGGAGGAGAAAUUUCCUGCUUUAUAUUAUAUGACAACUAUUGGAAAAUGUGCAGCAUGAGUGACCUUACUCAGAAAUAAAAUUUCACUCUCUGAGGGAAAAAGAAA